CCAAUAUAAGCAGGACCCGAGCCCUGAAAUCAUCACCAUUUGCCUCGAUGUAUCAACUUUUAUACGCUUGGUUCUUUAUCCUUGGGUUUGUGGGUCUGACGCCAUGGCAGCUGGGUUCAGCCAUGCCACCACUCCCGCCAGUUCAAUGCAACGACACCGUAUGCACCCUCUACAACGCUUACGGCGUAUGGGGAGACAGAAGGAACUGCCAUGUCCAGAACGACGUCGUAUAUCCAAAAACCGAAGAAGAGGUCCGCCUAGCUGUCGCCUACGCCAACAAAAACAAUCUCAAGCUGAAAGUGGUGACCAAAUUCUCGCACACCAUACCAAAACUGGCUUGCCCCGCAACUUCAUCGGCAAUGCUCGUAAGCACAGCAGAAUACAAUUCCAAAAUCGAAAUCGAUGCGGCGAAUUUGGCAGUGACGGUUGAUGCUGGAGUUUCUUUACGGCAGCUGAUUGACAAAGUGGAGGAGGCGGGGCUGAGUCUGGUGGCGGCGCCGUACUGGGAAGGUGUGAGUAUUGGGGGUUUGAUAAGCACGGGAGCUCACGGGAGCUCGUGGUGGGGAAAAGGAGGAGCGGUUCACGAUCAUGUUAUUGGCCUUAGCCUGGUCGUCCCUGCCGAAGAGUCACAAGGGUUUGCAAAGGUUAUCAGAAUUGAAGCGCAAAAUACACUCCUUAACGCAGCCAAGGUGUCGUUAGGGGAGUUGGGUAUCAUCUCUAAGGUGAAGUUGGCAUUAGAGGCAGGAUUCAAAAGAAGCAUAACCUAUGACUUUACGGAUGAUGGUGUGCUUGAGGAUACAUUCAUAGAUCAUGCAAAAAAAUAUGAAUUCGGGGAUAUUACGUGGUAUCCAUCAAGACAAAAGGUUGUAUAUAGAUACGAUUACAGAGUUCCGUUGAACACUAUUGGCAGUGGAGUCAAUGACUUCCUUGGAUUUCAAGCCAAUUUAAUCGGAAUCACCAAGUCUGUCAGAGCAACUGAGAAGUUAUUUGAGAAGACAAGAAAUAUGAAUGGGAAAUGCAUCAUGGCGUCCUCUUUUGUGGAAGUCAAGAAGCUAGUUGCUAAUGGAUUAAAGAACAAUAUGAUCUUUACUGGCUACCCAGUAGUGGGUCAUCAAGGAAAGAUGCAGACAUCUGGUUCUUGUUUAUAUUCCCCUACUUCAAAUAAAAAUGCUGCUUGUGCUUGGGAUCCAAGAAUCAAUGGUCUUUUCUUCUAUGAGACAACAGCAAUAUUCUCUGUUACAAAAUUCAGAGACUUCAUUCUUGAUGUCAAAAAACUUAGAGACAUGGUAAUGCCAGAUAGUUUUUGUGGAGUAGACAUCUAUGGCUUUUUGAUCAGAUUUAUCAAGGCUUGAGCUUACCUAUGCCAAAAUGAGAUUCUGUGGUUCUGGGAUUUCAACUACUAUCGCGGAGAUGCUUCACUCCAGAUUAACCAGAUGUAUGGGGAAGAAGUGGAGCAAAUGAUUGUAGAAGGCCAGUCAUGGGGGAAGUUGAAAUUCCAGAUUACUGUAAUUAGGGGAAGAAGACCGAAAGGGAAAGGGAACAUUGGGCCGGAAGAUGUGGAGUCGCAGAUGUAA